AUACUUUUGUGAAGGAAAAUUGUUAGUGACCUGGAAAAGAGUGAACAAAUGUAGGCUUCGUUCAAUCUCACUAAUAAAAUGCGCAAACAUGUCUCUGCUGGAGCUGUACACGAAGUACAACAGGGUCUGGAUCCCAAAUGGAGAGGAGAUAUGGAAAUCAGCCGAAAUCACAAGGGAUUUUCAUCUUGGAGACAGUGCCCUUGAGUUGCUUCUUGAAGAUGGCUCAGAGCUUCACUAUGCAGUUGACUCAUCCGCUCCUCAGCUCCCUCCUCUCCGUAACCCAGACAUCUUAGUGGGGGAGAAUGACCUCACUGCUCUCAGCUACUUGCAUGAGCCCGCUGUCCUGCAUAAUCUCAAAGUGCGCUUUGUGGAGUCCAAAAUCAUCUAUACCUACUGUGGUAUCAUAUUGGUAGCUGUAAAUCCUUACAAACAACUUCCUAUUUAUGGAGAUGCAAUCAUUCAUGCGUACUCCGGCAAAAACGUGGGAGAUAUGGACCCUCAUAUAUUUGCUGUGGCAGAGGAAGCCUACAAGCAAAUGGCCAGAAAUCACAAGAACCAAUCUAUAAUAGUCAGUGGAGAGUCAGGAGCAGGUAAAACAGUAUCUGCUCGAUUUGCAAUGAGGUACUUUGCUGUUGUAAGUAAAUCAGGCAGUAAUACUCGAGUGGAAGACAAAGUCCUGGCUUCUAACCCAAUAACCGAGGCAAUAGGAAAUGCCAAAACAACAAGGAAUGACAACAGCAGCCGCUUUGGGAAAUACACCGAGAUUGGUUUUGACAGGAGGUACCGCAUCAUUGGAGCGAAUAUGAGGACCUAUCUUCUUGAGAAAUCCAGAGUCGUCUUCCAGGCAGACAAUGAGAGGAAUUACCACAUUUUCUAUCAACUGUGCUCCUGUGCCAAGCUGCCAGAGUUCAAGAACUUAAGGCUGUUGAGUGCUGAUGAGUUCCAGUACACUUGUUUGGGUGGAGACAUCAGCAUUGAAGGAGUAGAUGAUAAAAAGGACAUGGAGGAAACCCGUCAAACAUUUGCUCUGCUGGGGUUGAAUGAAGAUUUCCAGAUAGAUGUGUUCAAAGUUUUGGCAGCCAUUUUACAUUUGGGAAAUGUAGAAAUAAAAAGCUCAGGAGAUGACAAAUCUUCAAUACCUCCCAGUGACCCACACCUGUCAGUGUUUUGUGAGCUCCUAGAAGUCAAUGCAGUGGAUCUGGCUCGCUGGUUGUGCCAUAGGAGGAUUGUUCUUGCGGCAGAGACAGUGGUGAAGCCGUUGCCAAAGAAACGUGUCAUAAAUGCCCGGGAUGCCCUCGCCAAGCAGAUCUACGCUCAUCUGUUUGACUGCAUCAUAAACCGAAUCAACACUGCUCUGAAAGUACCUGGAAAACAACACGCUUUUAUUGGCGUCCUGGACAUUUAUGGCUUUGAAACAUUUGACAUAAACAGCUUUGAACAGUUUUGUAUUAACUACGCCAAUGAGAAGCUUCAACAGCAGUUUAACUUGCAUGUGUUCAAGCUGGAGCAGGAGGAGUACAUGAAAGAGGACAUCCCGUGGACACUAAUCGAUUUUUACGAUAAUCAACCAGUCAUUGACCUUAUUGAAGCUAAAAUGGGUAUCCUUGAUUUGCUUGACGAAGAAUGCUUGUUUCCUCAAGGCACUGAUCAAAGCUGGCUCCAGAAGCUGUACAACUACUUAAAACAUAGCCCACUGUUUGAAAAGCCCAAGUUCAAAAAUGAGGCAUUUAUAAUACAACAUUUUGCAGACAAGGUUGAAUAUCAGUGUUAUGGAUUCCUUGAGAAGAACAGGGAUGCUCUUUAUGAAGAACUUGUUGAUAUUAUGAGAGAUAGUAAGCUUCCUUUUCUGGCCACCUUUUUCCAAGACACUGAUCAAGCCACUGUGAACAAUAAAGGUGUGAAGGUGCGACCUGCCCGACCUGGAGUCAAACCAACGAACAAACAGCUCAGGACCUCAGUGGGAGAUAAGUUCCGCAGCUCUCUUUCUUUACUCAUGGAAACCCUGAAUGCCACCACUCCUCACUAUGUGCGCUGCAUCAAGCCAAAUGAUGAAAAACUUCCCUUUGAAUAUGACAGCGGAAGGGUGGUGCAGCAGCUGCGAGCAUGUGGAGUCCUGGAAACUAUCCGCAUUAGUGCACAAAGCUACCCAUCUAGGUGGACAUAUAUUGAGUUUUAUAGUCGCUACAGUAUUCUCAGGAGUCAUCAGGACACAGAGCUUGGAGACAAAAAACAGACUUGUAUCAAUGUUUUACAGCGACUGAUUCAGGAUUCAAACCAGUACAAGUUUGGUCGGACUAAGAUCUUCUUUCGUGCCGGUCAAGUGGCUUACCUGGAGAAGCUGCGUCUGGACUAUCUGAGAGGUUCAUGCAUCACGAUCCAAAAACAUGUUCGGGGAUGGAUUCAGAGGAAGAGAUAUUUGCGCUGGAGAAAAGCAGCAAUUAUCCUUCAACAGUACCUCAGAGGGAAAAGGAAAAUCCGUAAAACUGUGAGUGCUGUGACACUGAAGCAGGGCUGGGCAGCUAUGGUGAUCCAGAGACACUGGAGAGGUUACAGAGUGAGGCAGAUCUUUUAUGUAGUUCGAAUGGCCACUGUCACUAUUCAGGCCUUCACUCGUGGCUGGCUGGCCCGCAGGCGCUACAAGACGAUGUUACAGGAUCACAAAGCACAGGUCCUGCAGAAGUAUGCCAGAGCAUGGUUGGCCCGGAGACGCUUUCAAACCAUGCGUCGGCUGGUACAAAAUGUCCAGCUCUCCUAUAGGGUGCAGCAACUCCGAAAGAAAGUGGAAGAGCAGAACAAAGAAAAUCAUGGUUUGGUGGAGAGACUGACCUCCUUGGCCAAUACACAUUCCCAGACUGUGAAUCGUCUUCAAAGUAUAGAGGCACAGCUGGAAAAGUCAACCAAUCAGAAGGCAUCACUGGAGGCAAGAGAAAAGAAAGCCAAAGAAGAUGCUAGUCAGACAUUUGCAGAACUCAAAGUACGAAUUGAGGCAUUAACUCUUGAUAAAGAGAAGCUGGAAAAAGCAUAUGAAAUCUCCACCAAAGAGGCUAAAGAGAAUUUUGAUCAAAUAAAAAGGAAUCUUCUUGAAGAGAAAGAAAAUGAAGCUAGAUUAAGAAAAAUUGCAGAAAACAGUAUUGAGCUCUUGAGGCAGGAUCAUGAGAAAGAGGUGGAGGUGCUCAAAGAAGAAAUGAGGAGAUUGAGAGAGGAAAAGGCAGGGCUGGAGAGGAAAGUGGAGGAGAGUGUUCAGGUAAACGUUGACCUCCAGGAGCAGGUGCUGCAGCUCAGCAGACAUGUCAAAGUAAUCCCUGAGCUCCGCCGCGAGCUCAGCAACCUGCAGAAUCAGAGGAACAGCAUGGACCGAAAGAUCAAGGAGCAGUCUGAACAGGCAAGAGCAAAAAUGAAUGAGUUUACACGACAGCUACUUGGAGAAGUGGUUGAAGAGGAGACAUUACAGGAGCUAACACCCAAUGAUUCAGAGAAAAUCUAUGAAAUUGAGGACUUGAUAAUGGCAUUUGAUAGUCUGCAGAAAGCUACCAGAAUUCUUGAGAACCACCAGAGGGAGCAAAAGGAAAAUUAUGAGACACAAGUCAAGGGAUUGAAGUUAAAAGUGGAUCAUCUUCAAAAUGAAAACAGCAAGCUGCAAAAUCUGUUUCAGGAAAAGAGUGAUGUUAAUGACAGUAUUCGCCAAGAAGUGUCCAGACUCAGCAGCGAGAACUUGAUGAUCCCUGAGCUCAAACUGCAAGUAUCAGAACUACAGAGACAAAAGCAAGAUCUUGAAACACAAGUAGAAGUGAAGAGUAGAGAUUUGGAAGACAAAACUCAGGAAAUUUCUAAUGUACUUCAAAAGAAAAUUCACGAUGAAAGUUCAAAGUGCAGGGUCUUGGAAGAAAAAGCUGAGAAACUAGAAGCGUCGAAGGGUCUACUUGAGGACAGAAUUGAGGAGCUGGAAGAAGAGAAUGAUCACUUGAAGAGGUUGCAUCAGAUGGAGAGCGAAGCUAAAACCAGACUCCGAUAUGAAACAGCCCGGUUGACUGCUAAGAAUAUGGAUUUUGAAGAGCAACUGGAUCAAAAAGACAGACUAAUUAAGAAACUUAGAAGUCAAAUUAAAAGCCUUGAAUUAUUACAAAAGGCCAAGCAAACAUCUUUCUCAAUUAUUCCUAAAGAAUAUUUGGGAAUGUUGGAAUACAAAAGAGAGCAUGAAGCCAAACUCAUUCAAAACAUCAUUAUAGAUCUGAAGCCCAAAGGUGUUGUGGUGAACAUGAUGCCCACUUUGCCAGCCUACAUCUUGUUCAUGUGUGUCCGUCACGCCGAUUACUUGAACGAUAGCGCCAAACUCAAGUCUCUGAUGAACUCAAUCAUUAGUGGGAUCAAGAAGGUCAUUAUGACGUAUCACAAGGAUUUGGAUUUGCUGUCGUUCUGGCUCUCCAACACAUGUCUGCUGCUCAACUGUCUGAAGCAGUACAGUGGUGAAGAGGAGUUCAUGAAACACAAUACUCCUCGUCAGAUGAAGAACUGCCUGCAGAAUUUUGACUUGUCAGAGCACCGACAAAUCAUGAGCGACCUGGCCAUUCACAUUUACCACCAGUUUAUCUCAGUCAUAGAGAAGGCUUUGACUCCCACUAUUGUUCCUGGGAUGUUGGAGCACGAGAGCUUACAGGGCAUCUCCAGCAUGAAGCCGACAGGUCUGAGGAAGCGGUCGAACAGUGUGUAUGAGGAGGAGUCAGAGAACUACACCAUCUCCUCCAUAUUACAGCAGCUCAGUCAUUUCCACAGCACCAUGAUGCAGCAUGACAUGGAGCAAGGGCUGGUCAGACAAGUCAUAAAACAAGUGUUCUUCAUUAUCGGAGCAGCCACACUCAACAACAUGAUGCUACGGAAGGAUUUGUGCUCCUGCAGGAAAGGCAUGCAAAUCAGAUGUAACAUCAGCUAUCUGGAGGAGUGGCUGAAGGAUAAAGAUCUUCUGAGUACUAACGCCAUGGACACUCUAAAGCCAUUAUCGCAGGCUGCUUGGCUACUGCAGGUCAACAAAUCCACAGAUGAAGAUGCUCAAGAAAUCUCUGACAAAUGCACUGAGCUCAACUCUGUCCAGAUUGUGAAGAUCUUGAAUUCCUAUACACCUAUAGAUGACUUUGAGAAAAGGGUCACUCCAUCUUUUGUUAAAAACGUUCAGUCUUUGCUGCAGGAUCGUCCUGAGGGCUCCACUCAGCUGAUGGUAGAUGCAGAUUAUCGUUUCCAGGUCACAUUUCCUUUCUGCCCGUCCUCACAGGCUCUAGAGCUGCUGCAAGUCCCACAAAGCCUACAUUUGGGAUUUUUAACACGUAUUUAACUUUUUACUACAAAGGGAAUACUUUUAAUUAAUGCUACAUCUUACAUCUUCUAUAAUUUAGUGGAGAAAAAGCCAAGACAAUUCUGAGCUUCAGGGGCUUAACAUUUUGUCAAUGCCAAAAGUGUAUUUUAGAAAAUAUUUCAUUGUUUUUACUUUCCAAGGUACAUCUUAAGCAAUACCAUACUGAAUUCUAUCUUUUAAAAAGGUGCACUAACAUUUUAACUAAGCUUCUGACAAAUAAAUAAUUUGUAUUUAACUGUUUACAAUGUGAAAUGUAGCAACUUCUAAAAUGACGUUGACUGAUUAGAAUUGUAACUAAUAACCUUUUUACAAAAUUGUAUUUAUGUAAAAUUAAAUGUGUAUGUGAAAA